UUUCUUGUAGGUUUCCUGCAGAUUUUCUAAGUGUUGCAAUGGAACCGAGCUGGAGUACAUUUUUAUUUCAGCAGGCUAACGAAGCCCUGCACCACCAGCACCAGGUGGCCCAGAACAGCCUGCUGCCACUCCUCAACUCCGCCGCCGAGCCGCAGGACCAGAAGCCCGUGCUGCCCAUCCCGCUGGACCAGAAGCCCCCGGUCAGUGCCGCCGAGCUCCUGAAGGACAAUGUGGCCAGCGGGACAGGGGCCGGCGGGGGCGGGGGAGGGGGAGGCGGCGGGGGAGGAGGAGGCGGAGGAGGGGGCGCGCCGAUGGCCACGGUCAAGAAGGAGCAGAAGACCAAGACACCCUUCAUCUGCGGCUACUGCAACAAGGCCUUCCGCGACAGCUACCACCUGCGGCGGCACGAGUCCUGCCACACAGGCGUCAAGAUGGUGUCGCGGCCCAAGAAGCCGCCGCAGACGGCGCCCACCAUGGUGCCACUCAUCUCCACCGUGCCGCGCGAGAACAGCGGCAACACCUCCUACAUCUCCACCAUCGCCGGCAUCCUCACCACCGCCACCACCUCGGCGUCCACGGGCUCCAGCAUCAUGUCGGCGACGGCCAUGGCCAGCGUCCAGCAGCAGCAGCAGCAGCAGCAGCAGAGCGCGCCCAAGAAGCCCGCCAAGCCCGUGAAGAAGAACCACGGCUGCGAGAUGUGCGGCAAGGCCUUCCGCGACGUCUACCACCUGAACCGCCACAAGCUGUCGCACUCGGACGAGAAGCCCUUCGAGUGCCCCAUCUGCCAGCAGCGCUUCAAGCGCAAGGACCGCAUGACCUACCACGUGCGCUCGCACGAAGGGGGCGUGCACAAGCCCUACAUCUGCUCCGUCUGCGGGAAGGGCUUCUCCAGGCCUGAUCAUCUAAGCUGUCAUGUGAAACAUGUGCAUUCCACAGAGAGGCCGUUCAAAUGCCAAGUUACGGCCUGCACAUCUGCCUUCGCCACCAAAGACAGACUGCGCUCGCACAUGAUCCGGCACGAAGGGAAGGUCACCUGCAACAUCUGUGGCAAGAUGCUGAGCGCAGCCUACAUCACCAGCCACCUAAAGACGCACGGCCAGACCAGCUUCAACACUUCCUGUAACAAAGACACUAAUGAGGUCUGCAACUCUGCCUCAGCCACGCCUGUCACAGCCUCCGCCCCCAUCACCACGGCAAUGAACCGCGGCAACGUCAGCAGCAACCCGGUCACCAUCGCGGCACAAAUGAACAUUACCACCAACACGGUCAACAUCACUUCGCCGGUCAACCUCCAGCACCCGGUCACCAUCACAGGGCCGGUCAACAUCGCCUCGGUCAACAUCCCGGCCACUGCUCCCAUGAAUAUUGCCCACCCGGUGGCCAUCACCACCCCGAUGCCCAUGAAUAUCACAGGGCCCCUCAACAUCGCCAUGAGGCCCAUGGAGAGCAUGCCUUUUCUGUCCCAAGUCCUGCCUUCUUCCCCUCCCUGGUAAAAAAAAAAAAAAAAUCCAGACCCUUAUUCGAGCCCACCCAUACCCGCCCUUUCCAUCAACCCCUCCUCCUCUCCCCCCUUCCAGCAGUCCCACCCAUUCCCCUGGCCCCUCUCACCCCAUCCACCCCAAAUAUUAACGUUUACUUGGUGCAGGGGGCAAAGAGAGACUUGGAGGCUGCAGCCCCUGGCACUUGGCUGCAACAGAAGCAGCACAAAAUAUAAAGAGAAGGAAAUCCCACAGGAGAAGGCUAGGGCUUUUUUCCCUCCUUCUUCUGAAGGACAUCUUUCCUCGGCGUGGCCGAGUUGAGGAGAGCGUGCGAAACGGCUGCGUAACCGUGACGGUUCGUGAUGCGCAGAGCCCGGAGAGCGAAGGGGUUCGGCUCCACUCUAGCAUCACGGAGCGCCUGGACCUCUGGGG